AUGUUCGCACUAAUUUAUCGUAAAUGUGGUAUUUCGCAUAUUGCAAAGAAAUUACCGAUAGCAUCAAAUUUUUCCUCAUACAACAAUGCUACAAAAGCUCAAAAGAGUAUCACAGAUGCACUAAAUAACCAGGUCUUCGGCCAACCUGUUUAUGCCACACAUCCUCAUCUGAUAAAUAAGGAUGAGCUAGUCCCAGGGGUGAAACUAGACGAAUUCCAACAACGAAGGGCAAGACUUCUGGUCGGUGUUCAAAAAUAUGCCGCCGAUUACAUGAAAGACAAAUGUACUAAUCGCAACCACCUGAUUAUUGUUCCAUCUUCAACAAAAAAAUAUAUGAGUGAUAAAAUUCCAUACUUUUUCCGACAAAGCAGCGAUUUCUACUAUUUGUCAGGGUGUUUGGAGCCCGAUUCAAUUCUUGCUAUGUCCAUCGAUGAUAAGGGAAAUUCAAAAUCAAUGAUGUUUAUGAGGCCAAAAGAUAAACACGCAGAACUUUGGGAGGGAUCAAGAACUGGCGUGGACUUAGCUAUAGAACUAUUUGGACUAGAUGAAGCAUAUCCUGUCGAUUCAUAUGAGCAUGAAAUUAAAAGACAUGUUGAAUUCAAUAAGCCUCUAAUUUGGUUUGAUCAGAACACAUGCGAUUUAUCCAAUGUUUCGGAAAUUACUAAAAGAACAUGUGGUUCCGCAAUUGAGUCGCCUUCUACCAUAAUCCAAGGAAUGAGACUUUUUAAAUCCAGUGCUGAACAAAAUUUAAUGAGAAGAACAUGUGAAAUUGCAUCUCAUUCAAUAAAUGAAGUAAUGAGUGAAACACGUCCAGGGCAUUCGGAGCAUCAUAUUUAUGCAAUGAUAGACUUUAAAUGUAGAAUGCGCAAUGCUAGUUAUCUGGCAUACCCACCUGUUGUAGCAAGUGGGAACAAUGCAACAACAAUACACUACAUAAAUAAUACCCAAUUAUUAAAGUCGACGGAUUUGUUGUUGAUGGAUGCCGGUUGUGAAUAUGGCGGAUACACAAGUGACAUAACAAGGACUUGGCCUGUUAGUGGUAAAUUCACAGAACCGCAUAGAAUUUUGUACGACGUAGUUUUGCAGCUACAAAAGGAGUUGAUUGGAACGCUCCUUAAUGAAGGUGGCCAGACAUUGGAUCAUUUAUUUGAUACAAUGUGUCUACGACUAGGAAAGUAUUUGCAAGAAAUUGGUUUGGUUUCAAAACAUAUAACUGAUGUUGUAGGCUUAACAAGGGCUGGUUAUCAAUUUUGUCCGCAUCAUGUGUCUCACUACUUGGGAAUGGAUGUUCACGAUACACCCCUAAUGCCUCGUUCGCUUCGACUCCUGCCAGGCAUGGUGUGUACCGUUGAACCUGGAGUUUAUAUAUCGAAAGACAGAACUGAUGUUCCAGAGGAAUUUCGUGGAAUUGGUAUACGGAUCGAAGACGAUAUUUUAAUCAAUGGCGACAACCAGGUAGAGGUUUUAACGUCAGACUGUUGCAAAGAAAUAACUGACAUAGAAAACCUACAUAAAAGGAAGGGAAUUGAAAAGUAG